CUCUGGUUGGCUUGAUUCGCUGUCAAUCAUAUGUGACGGCUCCGCAGCACCUCCCACAGACGCACAGCGGCAGCGCAGCUUCCACCGACAAUGAUAUUCAAGGCACUUGCGGCUCGUCUGCAGCGAUAGGAGAAAAGAGGAGAGAAAAGAGAGAACCUCACCUCCUCAAACAGCGGGUGAGGUAGGGAAAAAGAGACCGAAAAGCUCCAGAGAAAGAGUGAGAGGAAGAGAAGAGGCUGUGGAGUAAACAGAGAGACAACAGCGGCUUGGACCUCCAGCGAGGAGUGUUUAAUUGUCUGCGCUUCAUUAUAAAGUAUCUGAUUUUCACACAGAUUCGACAUGUCAUCGUCCGGUAAAGACAACAGCGGUGCCCAACAUGCCAAUUACGUGGGACCUUACCGUUUGGAGAAGACGCUCGGGAAAGGACAGACAGGAUUGGUCAAGCUCGGAGUUCACUGUGUAACAUGCCAGAAAGUCGCCAUAAAGAUUGUCAACCGUGAGAAACUCAGUGAGUCAGUACUAAUGAAGGUGGAGCGAGAAAUAGCUAUUCUGAAGCUCAUAGAACACCCGCAUGUUUUAAAGCUACAUGAUGUCUACGAAAAUAAAAAAUACUUGUACCUUGUGCUAGAACACGUGUCUGGUGGUGAGCUGUUUGACUACUUGGUGAAGAAAGGCAGGUUAACGCCUAAAGAGGCCAGGAAAUUCUUCAGACAGAUUAUGUCUGCCCUGGAUUUUUGCCACAGUCAUUCCAUAUGCCACAGGGAUCUGAAGCCAGAGAACCUGUUGCUAGAUGAAAAGAACAACAUCAGGAUAGCAGACUUCGGCAUGGCCUCCCUUCAGGUCGGAGACAGUCUGCUGGAAACCAGCUGUGGAUCUCCACACUACGCCUGUCCAGAGGUCAUCAGGGGAGAGAAGUAUGAUGGGAGGAAAGCAGACGUCUGGAGCUGUGGGGUCAUUCUUUUUGCCCUGUUGGUGGGCGCCCUGCCGUUCGAUGACGACAACCUGAGAAAUCUUCUGGAGAAGGUGAAGUUGGGAGUGUUUCACAUGCCCCACUUUAUCCCUCCAGACUGUCAGAACCUUCUCCGUGGCAUGAUUGAAGUGGAUGCCUCCAAAAGACUAACGUUAGAACAGAUCCAGAAGCACACAUGGUACAUAGGGGGGAAGAACGAGCCAGAGCCAGAGCAGCCUGUGCCUAGGAAGGUGACCAUCCGCAGCCUGCCCUCUGCAGACGACAUCGACCCAGACGUACUGGACAGCAUGCACUCCCUGGGCUGCUUCAGAGACAAAAACAAACUACUGAAAGACCUGCUCUCAGAUGAUGACAACCAAGAAAAGAUGAUCUACUUCCUCUUACUGGACCGUAAGGAGAGGUACCCCAGUCAGGAGGACCAGAACCUUCCCCCUCGCAAUGAGAUUGAUCCUCCAAGGAAGCGGGUGGACUCUCCCAUGUUGAACCGUCAUGGCAAGAGGAGACCAGAGAGGAAGUCCAUGGAGGUCCUCAGUGUCACAGACGGAGGCUCGCCCGUACCAGCUAGGAGGGCUAUCGACAUGACACAGCACGGACAAAGGUCGCGGUCUAUUAGCGGAGCCUCCUCUGGCCUCUCCACCAGCCCUCUCAGCAGCCCACGGCCUGUCAGAAAGUUUGGUGUACCGCCUCAGUCCCCAGACUUGCCACAGUCCCCCAACACCAGCCCCUGCCCAUCCCCUGAACCCAUUCCAAAUUGCACAGGCCCGCGUAUCUCCACCCCCAACUCACUCUCUCCAAACAGUGAGCCCCUGCCAGCAGCACUUAACAAGACACAGACACUCCCCGCCAAGCCCAAAGUUGCCCCAAAGCCUCUCCAAGCCACACGAUCCAACCCACUUCCAGAAACCUCCCCAGAUCCAGCAUCUGCCGCCAAAUCAGAGCCUUCAACUCCCUGCCAGCUCCCAUCACAGUCACCCUCUGCACCCCCCACCCCCACCUCCCCAUCCUCCCCUUCCCCAAUCCCCAUUUCUCCCAUCCCAAACAGCCCCCAGGUACGGCGCUCCCAUUUUGCUGCCAACCCCCAACUCUCUGUGCCCUUCAGCCCAGUGGUGCCCCUGUCGCCCAUCCGGCUGCACCACUUUCACCCCGUGGCACCAGCGCCUUCUUCAUUCACUGACCACCCACCCAAAUCUAUCCCCCUAAUACAGGUUACCCCUCACCCCUCCCCUCGAGGCAGCCCCCUCCCCACCCCAAAGGGCACUCCAGUGCACACUCCCAAGGACAGCCCGGCUGGGACCCCCACCCCAACGCCGCCCCCCAGCCCCUCCAUCGGAGGCAUGCCAUGGAGGACGCGCCUCAACUCCAUCAAGAACAGCUUCCUGGGCUCACCACGCUUCCACCGCAGGAAACUCCAAGUUCCCACACAAGAGGAGAUGUCCAGCCUCACACCAGAGUCUUCCCCAGAACUUGCCAAAAAAUCCUGGUUUGGUAACUUCAUCAACCUGGAAAAAGAGGAGCAGAUCUUCAUUGUCAUCAAAGACAAGCCUCUCAGCUCCAUCAAGGCAGACAUCGUUCAAGCAUUUCUCUCGAUCCCCAGCCUGAGCCACAGUGUGAUAUCUCAGACCAGUUUCCGAGCAGAGUACAAGUCCACAGCCGGCCCUACAGUCUUCCAGAAGCCGGUCAAAUUCCAGGUGGAUAUCACCUACACGGAGAGCACAGCUGCCACCAAGGAGAAUGGCAUCUACUCUGUCACCUUCACCCUGCUCUCAGGACCCAGCCGGCGCUUUAAGCGAGUAGUGGAGACGAUUCAGAGCCAGUUGUUAAGCACACAUGACCAGCCUGGAGUCCAACAGCUGUCUGACGAGAAGAACGGACAGGUGCCCUACCCCUCUGGCACGCCCUCCAAGCACUGCCCCUCGCCCAUGCACGUCCGGAGGCACGAGCCAGAAAAUAAUGACACCAAAUGCCCCACUGCGGGCCACGACAGAGCCAAGUUGUCGGUGGCAUCUUUGGGGACACAAGAGGAGUCUUAGACUGAGACGCUCUGUAGUUGAGCCAGUGCUAAAACCCAUCCCAGUAUCACUAUAAACCAGUGGCACAGAGAGAAUACUCUAUCUGUACAUAGCUAGAUGUACAUAUUCAUUUAUGAACAUUUUUUGUAUAAAAUGACUUUAUAUAGAUAGAAAUAUAUUGAGAGAAUCAAUGUGAUAUUUUACAAACAGCAUACUGCACCUACAUGACAAACGCACAGUCCUUUCCUUCCACUCCACUCCUUUUCAUUACCCCUCAGUGUCCACCAUCACCAUCCACCCUUCUACCCCAACCAUCUAAUCGCCUGUGGCCCUUGCUCUGUUUUUUUGCUCCCUUGCUGCUAAACUGUGUGAUGACCUGACUUGUUUCUGAUACCAGGAAUUAUCCAGAAAACCUAUUAAGUUCCUCCUCCUGCUCCCUGCUCCGUUCGCCCUCCCUCGAACCACCCCUCCACCCCCACCGCCCACCCCCCGAGCGCGCCGAGAGAGACGGACAUUUGUUGACGGAGGACUGCUUUUAGAGGUGUGCUGAGGGGUGGGGGAGUUACCAUGGAAACAGACCCUUCAUGCAGACUUCUACCUUCAUCUCCCUCUGCGCCCCUUCUCCACCUCUGGCAGCCGUCAGUAGAAGUAGAUGAAAAUACCUUUAGUGUUCCCCAUCUUAGACACACAAAAACACACACAUGUGCACAACUCAUCCACACACAUACCAAUGAAACAAGAACGCACACGCGCACAACCCCACCCCCCCCCAGCCUCCCAACCUGCCCCCUUUUCCUCUCUUUGAGCUCAAGGAGCUUUCCUGAAUUGGAAAAUAAGCAUUUUUGCAAAAAGACACUACAUUCACAAAACAUAUACAUGCAUACACGCACAGGUCCAGUAUGCACAGAAAACUCUGGGAUGUAUUAACAAGAACAUGAACAACAACAACAACAACAACAACAACGACAAAAAGAAGACAUGCAGAUACACUGACUGAUUCAGAGGAGGAGAGAAGGGGGAGGAGUUUUGUGGAAAGCCCAAACAGCUGACGCGGAUGCUUGCUGGAUUGUAUUGUUUGCUUUUUAAUAUACUUUCUUUGAGAAGAACUGGGUUUAAAAUACUAACUGACUUUAUUAGACUUAAUACUAUUGCUGCAAACGGACUGGAAUUGUGAUUUCAGAGAGGAGCGGGGUGUGAGCAGAA